AUGGGUAGUGAAAGUGAAGGUACUACAAAAAAGAAUUCUGCAUCAGAGAGGGAGAAACACAGAACACAAAAGUAUCGUCCCGAUUGGGAAAAAUUACAUUUAUUUAAGGACUGGUUAGGGCCCGGUAAAAUCCUAUUUGAAGCCAGGUGCACUAUUUGUGACGUCGACAUGGUAUCAGAAUACGGAGUUUUGAAGAUACACUCUUCAAGGCAAAAGCAUAUAAAAGCCAUGUCUGCAAUACCAAGCAAAACAAAACAGCGUAAUAUCAUGUCAGCUUUUGUGACUAAAGGAGUUGUGCCCAAAAAUCAAGUUGUUAUAGUGACUGAAAACAAGUUGGCUGCUUUUCUAGUUGAGCAUAAUAUUGCGAUUCAAGCUGCAGAUCAUAUGUCAGAUAAUAAUGGUAUAUUGGAAGAUUUCGGAGUAGAACAUAGAAUUUCUAUGAAAAGAUCAAAAACUACAGCUAUGACAGCUACCGAAAUAAUUGGUGAAAGAGAAAAAUCGUCUCUAGCUGAAAAACUAACAAAAUUCAGUGUUAUGUCUGAUAAAUCUACUGAUGUCAGCACUCAAAAGGCUAGUUGUAUAAUUGUCAGAUAUGAUAAUAUCUGA